UCCAACAACAGCUCCGCCAUGAAGGUCCUGCUGGUACUCCUCGUCGAAGUCCUUGCUGUGGCCGUGGCUAGACCUGGCUAUCUGGGCGCUGCGCACAGUGUAGUCCCUGCCGCCCACGCAGUGGUGGUCGCGCCCCACGCCGUCGUCACCGCCCACGGCGUCCACCAGGGCCUGGCCGCCUACGGCCCGGCGCACAUCGCCGUCGGCCCCGGCGGCUACGUGCAGGACACCCACGAGGUGGCCGCCACCAGAGCCGCCCACCUGACCGCCGUCGCCCAGACGCAGGCCCGCGACGCCCACCUCAACGGCGCCGCAGCGCACGCCGCGGCUGCCACCCACGCUGCUGCUGCCGCCCAUGCUGCCCCAUUGGUCGCCGCCCACGCCGCCCCCUUGGUAGCCGCCCACGUCGCCCCAUUGGCCGCCGCCCACGCUGCACCCCUCGUCGCCGUUGCAGCGCCAGCCCUGCCCACAGCGCACGGUCUUUUGGGUGCGCAUGGUGUCGCCCUCGCUCACGGACACCACUGGUGA